GAUUUGUUUUAUUCCUUCUUGUUGUUUUCCUGUUACAGCGGAGAAGUGUGAAGAGAGGAGGAAUAGAAAAAAAAGAACAGAGGCAAUUGCACAAAAUGUUUAGCCAACAAAUUGCCCGUGGCGGGCGCCGCAUCAGCCAGAUGGCUCGAGGCGGACAGCAGCCGUCACUCGCUGCGCUGCGAGGAGUUGCUCAACGACGAUGCUAUGCUGAGGCUGCACAGGCAGCCCCCAAAGGACGAGUCGGCCGAAGCCUCGGGCUGCUCCUAUAUGGUGUCGCAUUUAGCGGCCUUGGAGCAGCGGCAACAUUCUAUUCGAUGGUACAAAAGGGCUUUGCCUCCUUCACCGACGCCGAAUCAGCCAAGUUGUUUGUCCCAGACAGCGACGAGCUGCAGCAGAUCGAAGAGACAAUCAACAACCACCCGCUGGUCCAAGAGCUACGAUCACGACCAGAGUUCAAGGAAUCACGGCCGCACCUGAAGAUGUCGGCCGAGGUCCGGAGCCGCACCCUCACAGGCGGCGCGCUGCAAGGCGACGGCAUGAUCAUGGUGCCGCCCGUGGCCUUUAUCGAGGACGGCGGCAAGUCCAUCGUCAGCGUCACGUAUAUCGGCGACAAGCUGUGCGGCCACCCAGGCCUCGUGCACGGCGGCCUGCUGGCGACGAUGCUGGACGAAGGCCUGGCGAGGGGCUGCUUCGACGCGCUGCCGCACAAGAUUGCCGUGACGGCGAACCUGGAGAUUAACUAUCGCAAGCCGACGCAGGCCAACAGCUUCCUGGUGCUGCGCGGCAAGACGGUCAAGGUUGAGGGUCGCAAGGCGUGGGCCGAGGGAUGCAUCGAGACGCUGCCGGGGCCUGGCGAGAAGCCCGUCGUUUUGGUCGAGGCAAAAGGAUUGUUCAUCUCUCCCAAGUAUGCGGCGCUGAUGCCCCGAAUUAAUUAAAUUACACAACACAUGCAGAGGAAUAAUGGCGAGAUGAGAAGACGAGCCUAUAGAACUGCUGCGUUUUGUUUUCGCGUCCAUAUUCUUUUCCAUAUUCUUUUAUUUCUUUUUUUUUUCUCUCUCUUAAAUGUCUUUGGAAAGCGACGGCGGGAAUGGAUUUCUACUAGAACUACACUUACAUUAUGCGGCGAGGCGAUAAGAUGCCUUGCUAGAAAGCAGAGGGGGGGGGAUACUUCUUGUUCGUUUUUACAGCGGAGAGAAUCGAGCCAGAUGGAUGUUUUACGUGAUAUACCUCUAAGUGCAUAUUUUGCAAUCAUGUCGAAUAGAUGCAAAGUACAAACAUUUGCAAACAGCAGCACACGUUCAACAUGUAAAUAAUAAAUAAAUAUACGCCUGACAGGGGCAUAGUCAGAAGGAU